AUGGAUCACGACACUGAAGUCAUAAUCAAGGAUUUCAAUAGUAUUCUUGAAGAGCUAACUUUCAAUUCGAGACCGAUCAUUACCACUCUUACGAAGUUAGCGGAAGAAAAUAUAUCAUGUGCCCAAUAUUUUGUUGAUUGUAUAGAGAAUAGGAUCGAAAAAUGUAUGCCUAAACAGAAACUAUACGCCUUUUACGCCUUAGAUUCCAUUUGUAAAAACGUUGGUAGUCCAUACACAAUCUACUUCAGUAGAAAUUUGUUUAAUCUAUACAGAAAAACAUAUCUCUUGGUGGAUAACACUACAAGAACGAAGCUCAUCAACAUGUUCAAGCUUUGGCUAAACCCAAACGACACCGGCAUGCCCCUGUUUGAGGGCUCUGCUCUAGAGAAGAUUGAACAAUUUCUAAUAAAGGCCAGCGCUUUGCACCAAAAAAAUUUACAAGCAAUGUUACCAACCCCCACUGUUCCUCUUCUACUAAGAGAUAUCGACAAGUUAACAUCUUUGACCAGCGACAGAUUAAAGAACCAGCCAAACGAUGAAAAACUGAAAAUGAAACUUUUGGUCUUAUCUCAAUUGAAGCAAGAACUGAAAAGAGAGAAGCUAACUCUCAAUGCGUUAAAGCAGGUUCAAAUGCAACUGAGACAGGUUUUUUCGCAAGACCAACAAGUAUUACAAGAAAGAAUGAGGUAUCACGAAUUUCAGCAGCAACAGCAACAGCAACAGCAACAAUAUCACGAAACUAAGGAAACCCAAGGAACCUCUCCUCAAAAUUCCAAUGCGGCUAUCCCACUAUUUGGUAACAACCCUGAUAUAAUGAACCAUCAGGGCACUUUAUCUUCAUCUCUCUUUGGAAAUAUUUCCGGUGUUGAAUCUUUUCAAGACAUCGAGAAAAAAAAAAACCUAAGUAAAAUCAAAAACCUUUAUGAAUCUUUGCAAUCUGAGGGGUUAAUAUAUACUCCACCAAAGGAAUCCAUUGUAACGCUUUAUACAAAGCUAAACGGCCAUUCAAGCUAUUCUUUGGACUCCAGGGAAAAACAAUUAAUGAAAAACCUACCAAAGAUACCGCUACUAAAUGACAUUCUCUCUGACUGUAAAGCCUAUUUCGCCACAGUCAACGUUGAUAUCUUGAAUAACCCAACCUUACAACUAUCUGAACAAACCUUACUUCAAGAAAACCCAAUCGUUCAAAAUAGUCUCAUUCAUUUAUUGUACAGAUCGAAACCAAAUAAAUGUAGUGUGUGUGGUAAGAGAUUCGGUAAUUCAGAAACUGAAAAACAACUACAAAACGAGCAUUUGGACUGGCAUUUCAGAAUAAAUACAAGAAUUAAAGGUUCUCAAAAUACAGCAAACACAGGUAUAAGCAACUCAAACUCAAAUACCACUACUACAAGGAAAAAUAUACAAUCAAGAAACUGGUAUUUGAGCGAUUCUCAAUGGGUAGCUUUCAAAGAUGAAGAAAUCACCUCUACACAGCAUAAAGUUGACUACACUGAUCCCAAUAUUAUGGAAAACAGUAAUAACAUCGAUAAUUCAAAUAGCUACGCUAAUGAAAUUAAUGAAAAGUCUGCAAAGGACACUUUAGGAAAUCGUAAAGAUAAUGAAGUAAAAAUAAAGGAAAAAUAUGUUGUCGUACCAGAAACUUCACAGGAUAUGGUUUUCAAGUGUCCGAUUUGUAAAGAAACUGUCACCGGUGUUUAUGAUGAGGAAUCGGGUGAAUGGAUCUGGAAAAAUACGAUUGAGGUUGAUGAUAAAUAUUUUCAUUCUACUUGCUAUCAUGAAACCUCCGAAAGUUUAAAUAAAUUUGAUGAAGGCUCAGUUGAUUUAGACGAUCUAAAAAAAUUAAUCACUAAAUAA